AUGAAUGUGAGCAGAGACAAGGUGGGGGACAUCUCCAUCCCGGCAGCCGCAGCCGCGGCGGUGACAGCCCCCGCAGCCGCCAGCGGGGGACAGAGCUGCGGCGGGCGCGGGGACAUGGACAGCCGCGGAGAGCUGCCGCUCUUCUGCCCUGCCAACAGGGACAGGGGACAAGGGGACAAUCCCAGCAACACCCCCGGACAAGAAGGGGCAGUGCCCGCGCUGCCCAUGGUGCACAGGACCACCUCCUUCUCCGUGCUGGACAUCCUGGACCCUAACAAAUUCAACAGCAAGAGGAGGCCGUGCACGCUGCUCUACAAACCGAUGGGCACCGAGUUCACGCUGGGAGCAGAGGAUAAGCCCGAGGACUCAGGGACGGAGCUGACCGAGCAAAAGGCUCUCGACGAGGAAUUCAACACCUGCAAGAAGUCCGCGGACCUGAUCAAGGACGGGGAGCUGUGCAAGGCCGAGGAGUGCGAACUGGAGUGCAGCAGCCGGCCGAGCCGCAGCCCUGACAGCGAGCUGCCGGACGACGAGGAGCUGUGCGGCGAGGACACCGGCGGCGCUUCGGCCGCAGCCGGCGAAGCGGACCCGGGCCAGCUCCGCCAGGCUCCCGCGGGCCCUGGCGGCGCGCAGCAGGGUCCGCAGCAGCCCAAGCCCAAGCGGAAGCGGACGGGGUCCGACUCCAAGUCGGGAAAGCCGCGGCGGGCCCGCACCGCCUUCACCUACGAGCAGCUGGUGGCGCUGGAGAACAAGUUCAAGUCCACGCGGUACCUGUCGGUCUGCGAGCGCCUCAACCUGGCGCUGUCCCUCAGCCUCACCGAGACCCAGGUCAAGAUCUGGUUCCAGAACCGCCGCACCAAGUGGAAGAAGCAGAACCCGGGGGCCGACACCAGCGCUCCCACCGGCGGCGGGGGCGGCGGCGGAGGCGGCGGGGCCGGGGCCGGACUGGGCGGCGGGGCGCUGCCCGGGGGGCUCAGCCCGCUCAGCCACUCGCCGCCCAUGGGCACCCCGCUCUCCAUGCACGGCCCCGGCAGCUACGCCGGGCACCCCGCGGGCGGGCUGGUGUGUGCCGCGCAGCUGCCCUUCCUGCCCAGUCCCGCCGUGCUCUCGCCCUUCGUGCUGGGCUCGCAGACUUACGGCGCUCCGGCUUUCUACACCCCGCACCUAUAA